ACAUUAGCCCUCGCUGGUGAUUGUCACUCAAUAUGUUCAAGUACGCAACUUAUUUCUUGUACCUGUUCGUCCUGUGGGAUCCGCAGGAAGCCCAGGAAAAUAGCUGCCCCAAGGUUCCACUUAGCGAACGAAUCAAACAACGCGGAGAAUUCAGUCUCGUCGAUUUUGACACUCUGAUGAAUUCUAUUUUGAAAAACCCACACAAGGAAGUGCUCGGGAAAAUUGAAGGUCACGUAGGGCACACAGUAAAUAAAAUAAAGUCUUUAGAAUCCGUAAGCCUAAACCAAUCGAAGACUUUGCUGGAUGAUUGGGAGCUGCAAAGCAAAUUGGAAUAUCUGGACGCAGCAUUGCAGAAUGCAAACAAAGCCCUGCACUGCUCACUCGAAAACAAUAAGGUCAUGUCAAAUGGGAAACCCCCUCCGGAAUUCCAGAAGUUGGGCUCGAGGUAUUUUUACAUCGAGAGGCAUGUCAGGCAGAAUUGGUUCGAUGCCGCAGGAAAGUGUCGUGGGAUGGGCGGUCACCUGGCGACGCCCCAAGACGAGGAUGAACUGUACCUCAUCCGCAAGCAGCUUGUAGCCAGAUGGUAUUGGCUAGACAUUAGCAACCUGGUCCAUAAGCACCAAUACAUUUCUCUGGCCUCCGGAAAAGAAGUUUCAUAUCUUAAGUGGCGAGACGGAGAGCCCAAAAAGACUUAUAAUGCCAACUGUGCUUAUUUAUACGCCGGAGAUUAUUACACAUAUCAGUGCAACGACAGGAACUUUUUCAUUUGCCAAGCUGCGUAAGAAGACCGCCCUUGGAAUUUGAUGGUACAAACUAUGCGAUUUAUGCGUGUUAAAUGAUUUAUAUGUCACUUGUAGUAUUAAUAUUGAGUGUACAUAUAGCCGCCAAAGAAAUAUUCAAAUGCUUAAAAUAAUGACUUUUUCACUACUUAGUGACUUUCAACCACGAGUUGAUGAUGGCACCACCCCCCCGAUAAGUCCGUAUAUUCAAGAUUUGGCGAUCGGGUUAACAAGCUGGCCGCGUGCAAAUGAUGCUAUUAAAGUGGCAUUUAAAAUUUAAGUUGCAGUUAAAUCGCGCCUCUCCCUCUCCUCCCCCUCCUCCAACCUAUCCUAGCCAGCGUUUGGUUAAGCUUUCCUCUUGGCCGCAAGACGAAGCCAUUUCUUUGAGCCACAAAACGAAAGAACAACAAUGGCAACUGCAGAAACGACCCACAGAAGGAAAUUUAGAUAAAAUAUGUACGAAUCUUAUUGCCUAAAAAAUAUAAAAAAUAAUUAAUAUAGAUUUGCAGAUUAAUCAAUGUAGGAUUAAUAGUGUAGGCAACAUCGACAACGGCACGACUUUUCUCUGGAUAAUGUUUUGCAUAUGUAUGAGAGCCAGUAAUUUGCACUUGUGUGCCCUGCCCCGCAAAUGUGUUGGUGCUUGAGUAUCUGUGUGAGACCAUCUAAGAUGCCGCCUGGCGAUGCACGCUGCUCGUUUAGAUCGUCACCAUUGCCAGCGUCUGCCUGACCCAACUAGCAACUUGCAACCAGCAACUGGCAACCGCCAGCGACCAUUGAAAACACCAGCAAACAUUGUGCUUAAAACCAGCGAAAUGUUUUGCUCUAGCCACUGAUAAAAAAUUUACCUUAAAUCCCAAAA